UAAUACAAUUAAUGAAAAAUACAGACAUGACCAUUUGAAACAACCAACGUCAGAACUGCAAGAAUAUGGAAUUCAACACUACACCAUAAACAGAAACGUAUAGAGAAGAAAAAAAACUAACGUCAAAAACGGAAAAACACACCAAAACAAAACAAAAUACGAACCAAAUGCAAAUGACUCCAGUUGAUCGAGGCUAAAAUUGAGAGAAAGUAAGCCUCUGAAUAUGCGUAAUCGGACGCAAGUCUGAGAUAAACAUAGGAGGAUAAAUCCUUUCUCACUAAAUAUGAAGAAGAAGAAUGGCAAACAUUUUCGAUAAUACACAAACUAUGAAUCGCUGCAGACUUUGUUUGGACCGUCCGAGAGGCAUUGUUCGAAUAGAUGAAGACGUGUUUGGCAGACAUUUAGAAAUGCUUUUCCACGUACAGUUUCCAGCAAACGGAUAUCUACCUGAUAAAGUAUGUGAUAGAUGCGUGACUAAAGUGCACGAAUAUUACUCGUUUUAUCAACAAGUUAUUCGAGCACAACAGCUGUUACAAACGGAGAAGGAACGUGUGAUAAGGAAUCGUGUCAAAGCUGAUUCUAUACACCUGAUUGCUAGUGAUGAAGCGAACGAUUCAAAGCAUUACAAUCAUGAUGAAGCCAUCGAAACACACGAUACUAAAAACAUCCUUUUGAAAAAUGGGGCAACCGAUUAUGUUAGCACAGAUUAUGUGGAUCGAAAACCUGCUGAAGAGAAGAUAAAUAUAAUCACCACUAACAACGAACAUGAUGAACAGAGUCAGGAAAUAAAAGUAGAUGGUAAAAUUGAAUCAUUCGAAGCGAAAAGCCAAUCUAACGUCAAGUGUAAGAGCACGGCAAAUGAUAAGAAAAACGCUUUAAAGAAGCGAAUAGAAGAUAAUGACCGCAUUCGAGAAUUUUUCUCUAUAGUUUGUGAGAUAUGCUCGAAAGAGUUUUCUACAUUUCAACGGCUCCAAACGCACUCUCGCAAAGCGCAUCAUGUUCGCGGAUUCAUCGUUUGCUGCAAUCAAUAGUUUUUUCGCACUUUCCGGGUUCUUGAUCAUAUCGCGUUUCACCUAAAGCCCGAUGCUUUUCGGUGCGAAUUGUGUGAAAAAAACUAUCGCAGUCGUUACACACUUCAGGAGCACAACAAAAGCCAUCAUGCUGAGCCAAAGGAGCGCCCAUUUAAAUGCAACCAGUGUCACCAAA